AUGUAUUAUAGCUGGCUGUACAAUAAUUAUGUGAAUUAUCUUAAUAGUGAUAAAGACAAAGCUACUAUGUUGACAAAUAAACUGAAUCAUAAAGACUUGGAACAUGUCUUGCAAGCACAUCAUGAAUCAUUCAAACCUUAUAGAGAUGAGACAAUACAAUUUUGGAAUGAACGAACAAAGCUCGUAUCAGGAAAAGCUGCAAAAUCAGAUUUCUCAGCUUUUGAUCAACCUACAUUAUUACAAAUUGAUCAAAUAAUGGCUGAUAAGACUAAGUUAAUUGAACGUACUCAAAUCAAACGAUCCAAAUAUUGCAUUGUUGGUAAUCCAGAAUCAAUAAACACCGAUGUCGAUCAGGAAAUAUUUGAUGAUGAUGAUUUCUAUCACAAAUUACUUAGGGACUAUAUUGAAAAUAAAACUGCUGAUAUCAUAGAUUCAUCUCAACUAGAAAAACAAUGGUUACAAUUACAAAAGCUGAGGAGUAAAAUGAAGCGUAAAGUUGAUACCAGAUCAACUAAAGGAAGGAAGCUCAGAUACACUGUUCAUACAAAAUUGAUGAAUUUCAUGGCGCCAAAUGACCAAUCCUCGUGGUCUGAUGAAGCUAAACAGGAUUUAUACAAUUCUUUAUUUGGUAAAAAAAAUACUGGUUGACACUUGAUGCAAUAAAUUAAACGUAUUCUCACAUUA